AUGUGCUACCUUACCCAAACACCUGUGGUCAACAAGCCAGACAAAAAUGGUGUCCUUAUUUCGGUUGAAUUCGGUGUGACUACAGUCCUUCCACUAGCCAAAGUGACCAGCCUGCAGUCCUCGGAUUAUCACUUGGGUAUUUCCUGCGUGCCCAAUGAGAAGGACAGGAGGCUCAUCAUUCUUGGGGCCGCAGGAACGAAAAAUAUCUCAAGCAUCAGAAAAUUGGCGCUCCGAUUGUGGAACCCCGUGGCAACUGCUCCUCCCCCGGCUCUGUAUAGCUGGUCCACCGAAUAUUGGGUGUCGGAUUCGGUCGUGGUCGAUGCUAGGUCGAUCGAGGGCGCAGAGUUGAUGAGGGAAGCAGCACAGGCAGGGCGAAGAGCCGCCAAGGCAUACGUCUGCAUUGGCCUUCCCGCAAUCGCCUUCGGCCCCUUGUUCAAUACACUGGUGACAGCAUGCAACGUGAAUGCAGCCUGCUUCAAUCUCGCCAUAGGAUAUAUCUGGAUGGCGGCAGCCGUUGAUCCGACGAGACUUGAGGUGGAAGGAGAGGCUGGCUCUGGGUUCUUUGACAAUUUGUUUCUGUCGAUGAUCAAUGAUGAGACUCAAGGGUCAAUGCUCAUCGAGGCAAAGCUCAGUUUUUGGCUCGGAGGCACUUCGCGGAUGAAAGCUUGUGUCCUCACCGAGCUGUUGGAGAUGAGAGACAUCCGCACCACGUCAACUCACAGACCCAUCGCGCGAUCGUGA